AUAGAAAAAUAAAAAGUGCAAGGGUUUUAGUUUUCUCCCUAAACCCUCUUCUCCUUCCCAUCUCCAUUUCCAAUUUUGUUCACACUCACACUCAUGGCAUAACCGCCUCCGCCUCCGCCUUCCCUUUCCGAUUCCGGCGACGAUGAGGCACCUUCUCCUCCUCCGGAGAAAACCCUUCUUCUUCCCUCCGUCAUGUUCACCUGGCGCGCUUCUCAUUCGGCUCCAACUAUGCGAAUUCUCAUCAACUCCUUCUUCUGCUCCUUCUCAUCACCAACCUCACUGGCGGCGUCAAGAGGAGGAGUCUCGCAAUGUUAGGGUUUCCGUCUGGUGGGAUUUCGAGAACUGCAAUGUCCCCAAUGGUGUCAACAUUUCCAAAGUCGCCCCUGCUGUCACUGAAGCUAUUAGGGCCAAUGGGAUCAAAGGUCCUGUUCAUAUCACCGCUUUCGGCGAUGUUCUUCAGCUUUCUAGGGCUAACCAGGAAGCGCUUGUUUAUACCGGGAUUCAUCUCACUCACAUUCCCAAUGGUGGAAAGAAUAGUGCCGAUAGAUCUCUUCUUAUUGAUCUUAUGUAUUGGGUUUCCCAAAAUCCUCCACCUGCACAUCUCUUUCUGAUAUCUGGUGAUAAAGACUUUGCUGGCAUAUUGCACCGGUUAAGAAUGAAUAACUACAAUAUCUUGCUUGCAAGUCCUGGAAAGGCUUCUGACGUUCUCUGUAGUGCAGCAACAAUAAUGUGGCAUUGGUCUUCAUUGCUCAAGGGAGAAGAUCUUAUUGGAAAACAUUUCAACCAUCCUCCUGAUGGUCUGUUUGGUUCUUGGUAUGGAAACUCUAAGGCGCCUCUUCAAAACCCCUUCUCAGCUGCUGAGCAAUCUACAUCUUUACAAAAUGCGGAGAUCCACAAACCUUCCUCAGACGUAAAGUUGGGUCCAAUUCCAAAUUCAGUUGUAAAGAAGGUUAGGCAUAUAUUGAAUUCACAUCCAAACGGAAUAUCCAUUACAGAUCUUCGUGCAGAGUUGACAAAAAAUCAUGUGCACUUGGAUAAAAACUUAUAUGGAUACAAAAAGUUUUCUCAGUUUCUAUUAGCAAUUCCACAUAUAGGUGAUGGUAAUUUUUUGGUACGUUUGGUCUCUUCAGAAUCCCCUGCACCCUGUGAGAGCAUUAAUCUACCAUCAACAACAUCUGCUGUUAAGAAUGAUGAGAGGGGCUAUGCAGCAACCACAGUGCUAAAUGGUGAGGGUAAGAAUAGGGAUAGAUAUGCACAUGUGCCAUUGUACGAAAGGGGUAUGGAGGAUGAUUCAAAAUCAUUACACCCUGUCUCUUCACAAGGCAAACCUAUUCGGGAAUAUAUAGAAGAGAAAUCAUCAUCUCCUUCAUUCGUUGAAAGACAUGUCCUCCAGCCCCUUUAUGAGUUGCCGAAAUCACCAUCUCUUGGUAGUAAGAAGGUUGUGGAUGUGGCUAAUGCACCAUUAUCAGAUAUUCAGCUACCUCCAAAUGAUAGUGAAGUUUCCAAAACUAAGACGGGUUUCUUUAAUAGAUCUAAAACGUUGCCUGAUAAUGCCACUGUUAGGUCUGAGGAUGCAAGUCCCAAAAUACUGGAAAAAUAUACAAUUUCAGGGAAUCACUCUGCUGGGGAUAAUCAUACAACGUUGGAAAACAAUGAUGUUGGAAAUCAUGAAGCUGGAAAAUUUAAAGCAAUGAGCGAAUAUGAGAAUCCAACUAGAAAGGAGGUUGAUGAAGUUUGUCGCUCAUAUUCUUCACCAGCAGUAGAUGACUCUCAGGUUGAGAAAAUACCUGAUGGAAGUGCUGAAACUUAUAGAAAAAGUUCAACUUUCUUUAGCUGGAUUAGAAGUUGGUGGCCAUUUGGGAAAAACAGUGCAGACUCUGAUGAUUUGACUGCUAAUCAGGACAAGGUGGUUAGUAAUUCUGAGGAUCUUGAAGAGACCAAGCCAUCAGAUCCGGACCACGAUGUUAUUCAAUCAGGAAAGCCUGAGUUAUUUUCUAGUGGUUCCUUUUGGAGUGACAUGGAAUCUUUUGUUUUCAUGCCCAAAGGAUCACUUCUUCUUUCCCAGUCAAAAAGCAGGGAGGAUCUGGCUCAUAAAUUACAAAAGCAUGGACCUGUGGUUCUUAGAUCUCUCAAUGAAAAAGAGAUCUUUCAAUUGGUGGAAUUGUUAAUAGCAGAGAAAAAAUGGCUGGAGGAAAGCCCCUCCCAAGCAUUAUUUCCUUUUAGGCUAACUCAACCAGUUCAGAAAAGCUCAUCCGGGGGUUGUCAAUCUCAUGGUGCAAAUGGUUUGAGAUCCCUCUUCCUAAGUAAAACAUCACAGUCUAACUUGCCAAAAUCAUCUGAACAUGAUAUUGAUAAACACAAUCAGAUCAUUCAUCAGACUAGAGUAUCCAUGUCGGCCAAUGAAAAUAAAUAUACUGAGAGGUCUAGAGAUGAUAUAUUGGUAGACUGUCAGAAACUUGUGAGGGAGAUAUUGAGGCAAUACCCAGAGGGAUAUAACAUUGGUUCUUUUCGAAAACUAUUUGUUACAAGGUAUGGCUAUCAUCUAGAUAUACAGAAGCUUGGCUAUAAGAAGAUGGCAUCCUUAUUACAGAUAAUGCCUGAGGUGAAAUUAGAGUCCACUUACAUUUAUCCUGCUGUUCCUGCUGUUGAUGCUUCUGACACAGAAACUUCUAUCCUCAAAAGUCAACUAACCGAUGCUAGUCUUGCAAGCUCCAACUCAGAUAAUGAAUUAGAUGAUUCAGCCCCAAAAGGUGAUAACACGGAAUGUCAAUGGGAGGAAUUAGGUCCAGUUUCUACAACUAAUUCCAACCAGAAUGAUAAAGAAUCAAAUUUGAGUCAGAAAGCCAAAAAACGGGAUACAUUAAAGAAUUUUUAUUAUGAACCUGUAGACUCAGACUAUGAUUCUUCUGAUUCUGGAGGGGACAUCUGUUUAACUCAACCAAAGCCAAAAUGUAAUGAGCUAGACAGUUCUAUUUGGCAUGUUCUGGAUUCGUGGGAAGCCAGCAAGAAAGGAGAAAAUAGUGUGAAGAAGUCAGACACUGUUGACGUAUUGGGCAAUUCUCUGGCCGAUAUCUUGAAGUCAUCCACUGAAUCGACAAAGGACCUUCCCAAAAUUCCUUCGGGAAAUUCCAGAGAGAAUCAAAGAUCUCAAACGAACUAUUCAUUUGUUGCUGACCCAGUCAUAUCUGACAAGGACAAGCUGAUAGGCGGCUUAUUAGAUGGCUUCAAGAAAGCAGAUGAACCAAAAAUGCAGAACUGAGGGUUUGAAUAUCUUUGUUUAGUUUGGAAGGCGAGGAGGCAAUGCUUUUGAUGGUGCAAAAUAAGAGAAACCUCGUGGGUAGAAGGAUAGAAUUAGAAAGACUUCAAAUGGCUACAAUUUAUGAUGAUUAUAUUUGGGAGGAGCAAAGUGAUGAUCCAAAGUGAUGACAGGGGAAUGCUGCAAGUCGGAAGAAAUCUUAUUCUAAAGCUUUUUGGAAGUGAUGGACACAGGAUAUAUACUAUUCAAUUGUUAAGCUUCUCCUUUCAUUCAGGUCACACCAAUGGAUUCAUUGGUUUGUUCGAUAUUAAUUAUUAUUAGGUUCAACUUUCCUCUUUUUAA